AUGGCUCCAAUUGCUACUUCCAGUCUUUCCCCCUCUAUCCCAGAAGUUGCUACAGUUUUGGAGAAGUCAUUCAAAGCCCAGAACAGCACCUGGCUGUCCGACUUACAAAAGAAUGGCUACGUCGUCGUCAGAAACGCCAUCCCCCGCGAGCGAGCCAUCGCCUACCAACAAAAAGCAUUCGACUGGAUCAGCUCUCUCCGCCCCGGCUUCGAUGUCUAUAACCCCGAGACAUGGGUCAAAGACCAUCUCCCCGUCAUGAGCAAAAUCAAUACUUUCUCCACAUAUGGAGUUACACAUGAGAAGUUCAUGUGGGAUGCUCGCAUGGAGCCAGGUGUUUUAAAGGUUUUCGAGGAGUUGUGGGGGACGGAUGAGCUACUGGUUAGCUUCGAUAGCUUGAACGUCACAUUCCCGAACCGCAAAGACGUGCCGAGGAAGCCGACUUGGGAACACGUUGAUCAGACGCCGCUGAGAAGAGGACUGCAAUGUGUGCAGGGCAUUAUUAAUUUGUCGAAUGCUGGUCCUGAGGAUGGUGGGUUGAUGUGCUACCCCGGCUCCCAUCUGUUAAGCGAUGAGUUCUUCGAUACACAAACGGACAGGAAUACGUGGGAGAAGAAAGAUUAUUACGGGUUUAGUAAGGACCAACUCGAGUGGUUCCAUGCCAAAGGACUCAAGCCAUUGAAAGUCUGCGCUGAGCCAGGAGAUCUGAUUCUCUGGGAUAGCAGGACCAUUCAUUAUGGUGCUGAGCCAACGGAGAAGAGCAACACGAUCCGUACCGUAGUUUAUGCGGCAUACACUCCUGCCAAGUGGGCGACGAAAGAGGACUUGGAGGUAAAGGCAAGUAUCUUCAAGAGUUAUCUUGGUACGACACACUGGCCACAUGAGAAUUUUGUGUGGAGAGCCGCGGGGAGUAUUUUGGAAGAUGGGACGCAAGAUCCUAAGGAUAGGGAGGAGCCAUUUGAACUGCCAGAGAUGACGCCUGCAUUGUUGAAGCUUGCUGGAGCUAUGCCUUAUUAA